GAGUGUUCCUCCCUUUGUAAUUCACGUAAAAUGUACGUCAGCUUUUCGGCGUAGGUUCCUUUAGCACGGCAGGCGCUGCGUGCCUCACAUUGCGUAGCUCAGGCAGAAGCAGUGAGAAGGGGAAUGUCGGCUUGUGAAUGAUCGGUUUUGAGGCGACAGGGAGCGUCAACGUUAUGGCAGUACAAACACAGCAAAAGAAUCUGGAAGGAUAUGUUGGCUUUGCAAGCCUCCCCAACCAAGUGUACAGGAAGUCUGUCAAAAGGGGCUUUGAGUUCACCCUGAUGGUUGUCGGUGAGUCAGGGUUGGGCAAAUCCACGUUGAUCAACUCUCUGUUCCUAACAGACCUGUAUUCAUCAGAGUAUCCUGGACCUUCCCAUCGAAUUAAAAAGACUGUACAGGUGGAGCAGUCCAAAGUUUUAAUAAAGGAAGGCGGCGUCCAGCUGCUGCUCACAAUAGUUGACACCCCAGGGUUCGGAGAUGCUGUUGACAACAGCAACUGCUGGCAGCCAGUCAUCGACCACAUAGACAGCAAGUUUGAAGACUACCUGAACUCAGAAUCCCGGGUGAACAGACGACAGAUGCCUGACAGCAGAAUCCAUUGUUGCCUGUACUUCAUUGCCCCCUCUGGACAUGGACUGAAGCCCUUGGACAUUGAGUUCAUGAAGCGGUUGCAUGAGAAAGUCAAUGUCAUCCCGCUGAUCGCCAAAGCAGACACCCUCACCCCAGAGGAAUGCCAACAGUUCAAGAAACAGAUCAUGCGGGAAAUCCAAGAGCACAAAAUCAAGAUCUACGAGUUCCCUGAGACGGAUGACGAAGAAGAGAACCGGCUGGUGAAGAAGAUAAAGGACAAGUUGCCGCUGGCUGUAGUAGGAAGCAACACCAUCAUCGAGGUGAACAGCAAGAGGGUCAGAGGGAGACAAUACCCCUGGGGGGUGGCAGAAGUUGAAAACAGUGACCACUGCGACUUCACCAUCCUCAGGGAUAUGCUCAUCAGAACUCACAUGCAGGACCUGAAGGACGUGACAAACAACGUCCACUAUGAAAACUACCGCAGCAGGAAGCUGGCUGCUGUCACCUACAAUGGAGUGGAUAACAACAGGGUUAAAGGUCAACAGUGCACAAAACUUGACACAGUUGAAGGAAUGAGUCCCCUGGCCCAGAUGGAGGAGGAAAGGCGAGAGCAUGUGACUAAGAUGAAGAAGAUGGAGAUGGAAAUGGAGCAGGUGUUCGAGAUGAAAGUCAAGGAAAAAGUGCAGAAGCUCAAAGACUCUGAAGCAGAGCUUCAGCGGCGUCAUGAGCAGAUGAAGAAGAACCUGGAGGCUCAGCACAAGGAGCUGGAGGAGAAGAGGCGUGUGUUCGAGGAGGAGAGGGCAAACUGGGAGUCCCAGCAGCGCCUGGAGCAGCAGAAAAUGGAGGCCUCCAGGACUCUGGAGAAAAACAAAAAGAAAGGCAAGAUCUUUUAAACGACAGUCGGCAGGACCACCCAGACUCGAGUUGUUAGGUUUGCCAACGUUGCCGGUCAGGACACCAGUGUGUGGCACUGACACCCCCCACCUCCUCUUCUCUCUCCUUCUCCCCUUCUUCUCCCUUCCUCCCACCCCUCCUUGUCUCCUGUCCCUGCUCUGUCUGCUCCCAGCCACUAGAGGGGGUACUGGGGGUAUGUGAGGAGGUGGAGGGGGUCUGGACGUACGGUCAGAACUGCCACCACAGAGCCCCCUCGCUGCCUCAGUCGGGACUCAACAUCCGUUUAUAAUAACUUAACUCCAUUUCAGAAAAGGCCAAACCCAUAUUAUUUUAAUUGUUAUUAUUGAUGUUAGUAUUAUUAUUAUUAUUAUUAUUAUUAUUAUUAUUAUUAUUAUUAUUAUUGUUGUUGUUAUAAUAACUGAAUACUGCCCCCUCCCCUACCUGCUGCUCUUUUAGUUCACCCCGAGGUUGCUUUUUUAAAUGACUGAUUGUACAGUUUUAUGGAGAGCACAGACAAAAUAAAAAUACCCAUGAAUCAUGUCCAACUGUUGUACAAUCAAAUUCUGGUGAAUUUUAUUUGUUUACAGGAAAAAUGUAACAGAAUAUCAGAAUAUGAACAUUAACCUGACCUUCUUUUGUGUUUUAAAGUAAGAAGACGCCAAGGCAUUAACUAAUCCUUUUUGUUUUGAGUGUAAACCUUUUAACCCCCCCACCUCCCUUCCAUCAGUGUGACAGAAAUGAAACGGUGUCAACAGAAAAACCUGAAACCAAGGAAAACAAUAAAAUGCACCAUGGGCCUUUUUAUAGAUU